AUGUCUUUGGUACUGGAGUCUAACGAAUCACUGGCUUACAUCGAUCCAGAGCCUACAGCCGCUCAGAAGGAGAGAGCCAGAGUGCUGAUCGACAAAGAAUUACCUGCAGACUAUCUCACGACGCCGCAUCCCUCCCUCCCCCCUCUUCAUGAGACUAAGUUCUCCGAAUUGAUGUCAAAGGAACUCGAGCGGGUCGCCGUAGGUCAGCCGAUGCAGGGAGGGAUUGACAUGGGAAGAUAUGAAGCACCUGAAAAUGAGGACGUCGCAGACCUGGAUGUGCAGGCUAAGCGAUGUGCGCUACGGCAAGCGUAUGUUGCAAGCACCUUUCUCUCGGGGAGACAGGACAAUCUGCAACUCUUGGACGAGUAUGGCAAGAACGCUUGGCUCGUCAGCAACGACCGCAGCGAAGAGAUGCUCAAGGCUCUGGAGCGCACGUUGGCUAGACUCAAAUCUGAAACAGACGAUAUCAACAAGAGUCGCAAGGUCACCCAGGAGGCACACAAGGCGGAACUUUUCGGGCUGCAGGAUGCCUGGAGGCGAGGCAUUGGCCAGAUUCUCGAAAUCGAAGUCGCGACAGAAGAGCUACGGCACUUGAUUUAUGACCGGCAGCACCAACAACAUACGCGUUGA